AUGGACCCAAGUCCCGUUCUCGCACCAGCAGCAUCUCCAGCGACUCGCAACUCCCCCCGAGUCAACCUCAUGUCUCCCCCCUCCCGUGCGACCACCGCCGGUUUAUAUUUCAUCGGCGUCCGCUUCCGAGAUUAUCACGAGUUCAACGCCGCCGAUUUUGUCGCCGAUGACGAGGAACCCGGCUCGGGCGUCAAUGCGCUGGUUACUCCCGCCGCCCUCUCGCUUUUGAACAAUUUCCUCGAUAACCUGUUGUUUAACAUUCUUGCGGCCUCGAAAUCUACGCAGUUGACGGCGAUCCGGCCAUGCCUGGCCGACGUACUGAAGCCGCGACUCGCGGGUGAAGUGGUAGCUACUGCUGAUGAGGAGUUGAGUGAAUACAUGGGUGGAGCCGAGGAUGAGCAGACCGAGUUUCGCGGCGGCCAGCAACCGGGCGGUGACUUCGACUUGGUGCGCUCUUGGAAAUUGACACGCCUGCGGUGUAUGGUCUAUACUCGUCUGGGCGAUAUGGAAGAGGAAGAUGAGGACGAAUUCAUUGCUCAGGAGGGCCUCCGCGAGAGCGAUGGUGCGCCUCGCCGCUUCUCCAGCCAUGUCGAUAAUAUCACUCCCGCAGCCGCCAUUUUUUUGACCUCGAUCAUCGAGCAUAUUGGUGAGCAGGCCCUGAUCAUUGCGGGAGAGACGGCGCGCUCCCGACUGUCAGCAAAGCUCAACGACGACGCGAGUGCCGGAACCGACAUGGAAGAAGAGCACAAGACAAUCGACCAGUUAAUAGUGGAAGACCUCGAUAUGGAGAAAUUGGCCUUGAAUGCGACCCUUGGCCGAUUGUGGCGCACAUGGAGAAAGCGCAGACGCGGCAAUACUGUCUCUCGGUCUUUGUCUCGCGCAGGGUCUCGUGAGUCCUUCCGUCGUCGCACCUACUCCUUGGCCAACAGCCGCAAGAGCAGUAUUGUGACGAUUGAGGAGCCUGUGACUCCCAAGGAACCUCUUCCUGAAGAGGUCCCUGCGCCGGUAGAUCCGGCAGAUGUGCCUUUGCCGAUGGGCGACUACGACGUGCAGGAGAUCGAAGUGCCGGGUUACUUGCAUGACCUGGAGGGUGAGGUGCAGACCAUGGAGGCUGUGGUAGCCCACAAGGUGCGACCGCGGAGUUUGAUGGUUUUCCCUUCACCUUCGCUCGCGCCCAGAUCUCCCGGGUCGAGAAACCAGUCUCCAGUCAGUGCUUCGGUUAUUGAGAAUCCGAAGCCGCUCCACCAUGCUCGCUCCAGGUCAGUGCCAAAUGCGGCAGGCAGCGUACGCGAGGUACAAGAACCUGCAGAGGACGAGCAGCCAUCCCCCACUUCCAGCGAAAAGGCGAGGAUGCUCGACACGAUGUAUGAAGAUGACGAGUCAGCCGAGUUCGUGGAUGCUGCAGAAUCCGCCCCCGGGCUCGCUGUUACCACACCGAGCGAAGAGCCGGUGUUGGUGGAUGAGUCUGCCGAUAAGGCCAGGAUGUCGAUCUUGCACGAAGAGGAAGAGGAAUCAGCUCCUCCAGUCAACGAAUUGGUCGCAUCCUUGCGGUCGGUCAGUCCCGACGAGGUGAUCAAUCAAGUCAACAGCUCGCGAGCGUCGAUCUCAGCCUCGAUUGAGCGAUCGGGCAAGGAAUUAGAGGAAUGUGCGAAAAACCCCGGCCAGCGUCGACGAUUGAACGACCGCGACGACAGUCUCAGUAGGGAUCCCGCACAGCCUAAUGCAACGGUGAUCGAUGCAGAGACUAGCUAUGUUGAGAAAAAAUCCGCCGUGGAGUCGCCGCCAGCAACGCAAGGGAUGGACAUCGCACCAUCACCGUCCGCAGCCACCGUCGAGGCUAUCGAAAUCCCUAACGACAAUCAAGAUGCUAUUGACGGCGAUCAAAAUAAGUCGGUCAUGUCUUCUAUCCCUGCGACCGAGCCCUCAAUCGAAGAUGUCGUGCCUGAGACGACCAACGAUCGCUCAUUAUCUCCCGAAAACCCUCGCCCUUCGUCAACCUCCGGAGGUAGCGAGUAUUCAUCGAGAUCCCGCAAAACCAGGCCUACUCCGUUGAUCGUCGCAGCCAGCUCCCGCAGCCCUACAGGAUCUGAGCGAGCAGCUGUUCAGCGAAUGACUCCACGUCCAUCUACGUCCGUCCCAUCGGCUCAACCUAAGCCACGUCGAUCCGAUAGCUUCAGCAGCUCUAAGGAAAAGCGACCAAUUACCGCGGGCUCGACUGCAUCAGGAGUGUCCACCAAACUGAAGGGCAUCAUGGGUCGCCAACCUGGUGACUCGUCUUCACUCCGUCUGCGCAGCUCGUCCGAGACAAGCCGUGCAUCUGGCAGCGGCGAUUCUGUGGAGAACGACACCUCUGCAGACCUGGACAAAUUAAUCAACAGCGACGAGACUAUCCAUUUCACGCUGACCCCGCGGAGUGUGAGGGAGAUGUCUUUCCCUGACUCGCCUCGGCCGAUUCCUCGGUCAGAUACUCAAGACACCCACGCCUUGGCUGAUUUCAUCAAGAACACCGCUCCACCAGGCGAUGAACCGCCACAGCCGCAGCCACACAAGGCUCGAGCCUCUGUUUCCUCGAAGGCGACUGGAGAGUUGACGUCUCUUGGACGUGUCAGGUCGAACCUCGACUCCCCUAAGACCAUGGCGCCUCCGAUCUCCCCCAUCUCUCCCCGCGCAGCACCUUCUCCCAAGCCAUCCGUAGUUGGACAGGCCCGGGAUGCUCGCCCUUCACCCAACUCAACUCGGGACUUUGCGGAGUUUAUUAAAUCGACAGGCCCUGCCAGCCCAAUCGGAAGCACGUUUAGUCCCAGCCCCCCUCCGAGCGUGAUCUACCAACAAGGCACCAACUUCUCAGGAGCUAAGACUUCUCGCCCCGGCUCGACCUUGUCAAGCAGCACGAAGAGCACAAGUCGUUCUGAUGGGUCUCGACCUAAGGAGCCAAGUGGAUCACGACCCAAGACUGGCCCUACUGAGUCCAAGCGAUCCCCAACGUCUGAGCUCAUCGACUUUAUUCGUGAAGGACCGCAGCAGCCAGGAGCCCAUCGCAUUCCGAGGACAGUCGCACCAUUUCGCAACACCAUCGACUCGGAUGACUUACAGUUCGACUCUGCUCAGCAAAAGGGCAGCUCCGUCGCCAAUACCCGGGAUAAAGCAACACCUCAAAAGUCAUUGGUGUCUCCGGAUUUGCGUACUGAGCCGCUGGACUCGUCCAAGCGCGGCCCCAGCCAGGUCCAAGCUACACGGUCUGCAAGCAGCGCUAUUCCAGAUGAUGAUCCACGUCCUGUUCGCAAGCAGAAUCGAGUUCGGGACCCUUACGCGAUCCCUGAUUCUGAUGAUGAAGAGGACGACGAGCUGCUAGAAGAGCUUAUCAACGCCAAGCCACCUCCUCGCCAAGAGGAGAGUUUACUUGAUUUCUUGCGGAGCGAACCUCCACCCGACUUCUCGCAACCCACUCCUCAGCCUUUGAACGUCAGCACUCAGUCCCAUCAAUCGGGCUCGAAUGGCUUCGCAAGCAGCGCAUCAGACCUGAAGGCUCGCUUCCUCCGUGGAAACGCAGAUAAGGGGCCUUCAAACAAGAUGUCCUUGAGCUCACUGCGCUCGCAAAACAACGGCCACUCUCAAAACAACUACACCGCCAAGGUCGGCAUGGAGCGUAACCCUGGCACCAUGCCAUCUACCUCCAACAAGCAAACGGAGACUGGCGCCUUAGCAGACUUCCUGCGCAACACAGGCCCUCCUGAGCCUCCACCCCAACAUGAACCCUAA